UUCUAACAAUUGAAGGUGCAGUCUUCUUAUUAAUCAACAAAUAAAAAAAAUUGCUGAUCUUCUUUAUGAUUUACUAAGGCACUCAUUAUUCGUUAAGCUACUCUCCGAUAGAUGAAAUCAAAAAUUUUUUACUUAGUUUUUCGAGAUAUGUUCGUGUAUAUAGGCGAUAGGUACCUUUAGAAAUUGGAAUCAGAUUUUCUCAAAUAUUUCGCUUGAGAUUGAGACUUACCUUCAUACUUCGCCUGCUUUUGUUUUGUUUUCUACAUUUCAAAAUCUUUAACAUACUUCAUUUGUCUUACUUCUUCCCUACACUGUAACAAACUAUACUUUCACUACUAUAACUCAUAAUGUUUCUGUCUACUGGGCUGUGCUGUUUGUUUCCGACUACUCUUGAGGUCCAGCAAGAGUGAUAUGCAUUACAUCCUGCUUGCUAAAUCACACAUUUCUUAUUGAAUUAUUGUGAAGUUCGAGAUUGGAUUUUACCCUUCUAAUAUGGCCAGUUGUUCAUCUCUUUGUUUUGCUCUAUCUGAUCCUCGAAUUUCUGUGGGAAUAUUGCCCUCAUUAAGAGGGACUCAAGUUAAUGGACUUAGUUCUUUUAAAAGUUUUGACAACAUCACUGGUUUGCGGGCUGCUUGCCAAAGGAAUGUUGAGUGUUCUGUCAAAUCUCAAAAACUUAACACUAAUCGCAGCAAAGACGCUUUUCUGGAUCUACACCCUGAAGUUUCAAUGCUCAGAGGUGAUGAAAAUGCCAAGUUCUUAAGUCCAAGGAAGGAAGGAUCUAGUGGAAAUGUUGCAGAGAGCUUAAAGGAAUUCUUUAUUCCAAGUAACUAUAGUGAAGCGAAGAUCAAAGUUAUUGGUGUUGGGGGUGGUGGAUCUAAUGCUGUUAAUAGAAUGAUAAAGAGUUCAAUGAAGGGUGUGGAAUUUUGGAUAGUAAACACUGAUGUUCAGGCCAUGAAGAUGUCACCAGUGAUCCCUGAAAACCGUUUGCAGAUUGGGAAGGAAGUAACUAGGGGUCUUGGUGCUGGUGGGAACCCAGAGGUAGGUAUGAAUGCUGCCAAUGAGAGCAAAGCUGCAAUUGAGAAUGCAAUUAAUGGUGCAGACAUGGUCUUUGUGGCUGCUGGUAUGGGUGGAGGAACUGGUACUGGUGCAACUCCUAUUGUUGCAGGUAUUGCUAAGUCCAUGGGUAUCUUGACAAUUGGUAUUGCCACAGUUCCAUUCUCUUUUGAGGGGCGAAGACGCUCCAUUCAAGCUCAGGAAGGAAUUGCAGCUCUAAGAAAUAAUGUUGACACACUGAUUGUCAUUCCUAAUGACAAUUUGUUGUCAGCAGUUUCACAUGCCACUGUGGUAACAGAUGCUUUUAAUUUGGCUGAUGAUACACUUCGACAAGGAGUUCGUGGUAUCUCUGAUAUAAUUACGGUUCCAGGUCUUGUUAAUGUUGAUUUUGCUGAUGUGCGAGCUAUUAUGAAGAAUGCAGGUUCUUCCCUCAUGGGAAUUGGAACUGCUACUGGCAAGACUAGGGCAAGAGAUGCUGCGUUGAGUGCUAUCCAAUCACCUUUGUUAGAUAUCGGUAUUGAAAGAGCUACUGGGAUUAUGUGGAAUAUAACUGGUGGAACUGAUUUGACUUUGUUUGAGGUGAAUACUGCAGCAGAAGUUAUCUACGACCUUGUCGAUCCAAAUGCAAAUUUAAUAUUUGGAGCUGUAAUUGAUCCAUCACUUAAUAAUCAAGUUAGCAUAACUUCGAUUGCAACAGGAUUCAAGGGUCAAGAUGAAUAUGGAAGUGAACGGAAGGGAACUCAGGUAGCACACAGUAAUGGAUUCCCUGGAAGCAAUAGACGUUCCUUUAACAGUAAUAGCGGUACAGUGGAAGUCCCCAAGUUCUUAAGGAAGAAGGGGCGCACCUCUUACCAUUCAAAUUCCUGAGGUUCAUUUCUUGAAAUGUACAGAUGUUUUGUUUUCUCCAUUUUCAACUGUUCCUAAACGUUGUCCAAGCAGGAAAAGUAUGCAAAUGCUGUAGUAUUCAUCUAACAAUGCAAUAUUUUUUAUUCACUUAGCAGUUUUUCGCAACCAUCCCAUAAAUUUUUGAACAA